ACCCCCCGGCAGGCGGGGGUCAGGGAGGGUGUGGAGGGAUGAGUGAGGAAUGAGUGAGGCUUGGUGAGUCACGGACCCUGGGAGGCAGGGAGGGGGAAGGAGGAUUGUGUCGUAUGUUCACCUGUCACCGUCACACGCAGAGGCCACUGCCGUGAGUCACGGAGAGCAGCUACACCGGCCACCCGCGGGCACACGUGGGCUCUCCCACGCACCACUACUCCCUCUUCUGCACGCAUUUCCUCUCUUUCCUCAGUUUCCCCUUCCCGGAGGUCCUUUCGCCUUCACACCACAGCAACGGCCACACACUUAGUCACUCGGGUUGCCAGUAAAGUCACUCCCAGAUGUAGCCCACAUUCCUGAGAACAGAGAAUCUCUCCCUGCUCUCUAGCUGCCCACCCAGUCCUGGACCGAAGUCUCAGCCUUUUGUGGAAAGUAGCCGUCUGUCCUCAGCUGCUGGAACCCCUUACACCCCACCAUGUCUGGGCCACUGAAGAGGAAGUUUGACCAGCUGGAAGAGGACGACUCCAGCUCCUCCUCCUUGUCCUCUGGCAGUCUAUCUAUCAACUCUUCCCCCGCCUCUUCUGCCUCCCCUGCCUGGAACUCUGAUGAGGAGGGACCAGGUGGUCAGGCACCCCAUGGUCAGAACGCCUGUGGCCUCCAGAGUUUCACUCCCCCAUCCAUCCUGAAGCGGGCCCCUCGGAAGCGUCCACGUCGAGUGGCCUUUGAUGGCAUCACCGUCUACUAUUUCCCACGGUGCCAGGGAUUCACCAGUGUGCCCAGCCGUGGUGGCUGUACCCUGGGCAUGGCUUCUCGUCAUAGCACCUGCCGCCUUUUCUCCUUAGCUGAGUUUACACAGGAGCAGGUUGGGGCUCGGUGUGAGAAGCUCCGACGGUGUUUAAAGGAGGAGAAGCUGAAGAUGCUGAAGCAGAAGCCUUCAGUGCCUGGAGUCCCGGAGACACCGGCAGGCGUGCCUCUCCCAGUCGAUGCCAUCGAUGCCUCUGUAGAGGAGGACUUGGCAGUGGCCGUGGCAAGUGGCCAUCUGGAGGAAGCGAAUUUCCUACAGCCCCAUCCACCUCGGCAGCGAAGGGCCCUGCUUCGGGCUUCCGGUGUUCGAAGAAUUGACCGAGAGGAGAAGCGGGAGCUGCAGGCGCUGCGCCAAUCCCGGGAGGAUUGUGGUUGUCACUGUGAUGGCAUCUGUGAUCCUGAGACCUGCAGUUGCAGCCUGGCUGGCAUUAAGUGCCAGAUGGAUCACACGUCCUUCCCCUGUGGCUGCUGCAGCGAGGGCUGUGAGAACCCCAAUGGUCGAGUGGAAUUCAAUCAGAAAAGAGUGAAGACGCACUUCAGGCACACGAUCACCCGCCUGCAGAUGGAACAGGGUGCCAAGAGCUUGGGGGACCAGGAGUCCCCCGUGGAGGACACUCCUGUUGAACAAACGCUGCUUUCUCCCUUACCGCCUCCCAAGCCCCCUGUGAGCAGUGAGCUGGAAGACAACAGCUGCAGCAGCAACACGACAGACUCUUCCACGACCUCAUUCUCUGGCAGCAGCGAGCCUCCAAGCCACCUUGCCCACCCCAGCCUGCCAGGUCCCACCUUCCGGUCUGGCGUAGAUGAAGACAGCCUGGAACAGAUCCUGAAUUUCAGUGACUCAAACCUCGGAGUUGAGGAGGAGGGAGGGGGUGUGGGCAACUUGGAUAACUUCAGCUGUUUUCAUCUGGCUGACAUCUUUGGGAUCGGUGACCCCGGCAGCCUGGCCAGCUGGACUCACAGCCAGUCUGGCUCUAGCCUCCCAUCGGGCAUCCUAGAUGAGAAUGCCAACCUGGACGCCAGCUGCUUCCUAAACAGCGGACUUGAAGGGUUGAGAGAAGGCAGUUCUGGGUCCCCUGAGGGGCAGGCCGUCCAGGGCAGCUCCCUGGACGUCAGCUUAUCCUCCUGUGACUCCUUCGAGCUUCUCCAGGCCCUGCCAGAUUACAGUCUGGGACCUCACUAUACUUCCCGAAGGGCAUGUGGCAGCCUGGACAGCCUUGAGACCCUCCACCCUCUGCCCAGCUUCUCUCCACCAAGGGAUGCCAACACUUGCUUCCUGGAGACUUUCAUGAGCCUGUCUGAGCCGGUUACAGAUAUCCUGGCACCCCUUCUGGAGAGCCAGUUUGAGGACACUGCUUUGGCACCUUUAGUGGAGCCUGUGCCAGUGUAAGGAUUAAAGUGCCUUUUUCCCCACCCCGA